AUGUCGCAUCACCACAACUUGGACGUUGGCAAAACUGCGCUAUUCAACACAACCGCAACCGGCGCCGAUCUAGCCUCCCCCACCGCAUUACCAGGCGCAAAGUCUCCGGGUGUCGCACGCAUCGAAGCCCUCAACGCGCACACGUCCUUCAUCAACCGCUGCUGCAUCUUCUUCGGCAUCUUCCUCAUUGCGUAUGCGUAUGGUUUGGAUGGGACGCUCCGAUACACCUACCAACCAUAUGCCACUGCGGGAUUCCAACGGCAUUCCACCUUGGCUACCAUUAAUGUCUUGAGGAGCGUCAUCGCCGCUGCUGCGCAGCCUACUGCGGCUAAGAUUGCCGAUGUCUUUGGCCGCAUAGAAGUCGUCAUACUCUCCAUGCUCUUUUACAUCAUCGGUAUGCACACACCAAACUGGGAGCUUAGCGUUGUGCUCUGGCAGUCGUACUAA